AUGUCCAAGGUGGCCUCCGCUGGUUGGCGCUACGCCCGCUGCGGCCCCAUCAGCCAGGUGUUAACGUACGAAAAGUUUGACGUCACCCCUGGCAAGGAGGAGGCGGUGGUGCAGAUGGCGAUGGCACCCUUGCAUCGUGUCGACGCCGCUGUCGUGAACGGCACGGCGCUCGGCCGCAAGCGCGUUAACAUGACGUCCUUUCCCCGCAUCGGCGGGUGCGAAGGGGUGGGCAAGGUAGUGCGUGCUCCGGCAGCUGCUGCAGCGACGUCGUCACCGGUGAAGGAGGGCGACACGGUGUGGGUGGCGCCGCUGCAGGGCACGUGGGCGACGAACAUCGCAGUUCCGGUGUCGCAGCUGCAUAAGAUUGAUCCGAGGCAAGCGCAGAUGGCGGCAACGGCCUCCAACUUCCUCGUAGCCCAGCAGCUGCUGGAUGGCUAUGCCCGACUGCAGAAGGGCGACAUCGUCAUCCAGAACGGCGGCAGCAGCCUAACCUCUCUAGCGGUCUCGGCGUUGGCCAAAGCCUACGGUGUAAAGGUGCUGACCGCCGCCACGCCGGGCGCUCGCUUCGCAGACGCGAAACAGCGACACGCGAAGUACGACUCUGACGUCUUUGAGUACAACGGGGCCGGGUCGUGCGCAAUGCAAGCCGCCGUUGGCAGGCGCGGCGCCGCCCUCUACCUCAACGGCGUCGGCGGCCGCUACUUCGACUCGCUCCUCAAGUGCGUCGGCCCCAUGGCGCACGUCGUCACGUACGGCGCGCAGAACGGCUUCGGCCUGUUCAUCUCCGGCUCCAGUCUUAUCUACAACGAGGUCACCAUGGCUGGCUUGUUCGCCCCCACGUUCCUGAAAUCGAUGUCCUACGGCGAGCGUCAGACAAGGCUGGAGUUUGUGCUGAAGGCCGUGCAGGAGGCCGGCAUCGCCUACCCGAUGGUGACGGCACCGUCGCUGGAGAAGCUCCCAGAGGUCUGGGACGACGUGUACGUCAACGGCGGGCGCAAGGCCAUCGUGAAGAUGGCGACCUGA